AUAUCUGUGGGCUUGUCUUUAGGGUGUCCACAAUCGCUAAUUUAGGGUGUCCACAAUCGCUAAUCCCCUUUACAAAAUUCAAUCAAUCAUCGACUUAAAAUAUAGGAUUUGAAGCUGGGAUGGUUCAAUGUUCUUGAAGAAUUCUCCAUUGAUUCGUUCCAUUAAAUACUAUACGGACUUGCGAGUGAGAUUGUCUAAAAAUCUCCCUGCCGAAGAAACAGUUCAUUGCUGGCGCAUUCUAAGAUAGCACUCUCAAAUCUCUACCCUUCUUAGACAAAAUCCAACCGUAGCUAAUGGCUUCAGCCCGAUCAAAAUUUUAUGCAGAUGAUGCUAGCCUUUUAAUGGUUCUAUUAGACACAAAUCCAUUCUUCUGGAGCACAUCAUCUCUUGCUUUCUCUCAGUUUCUCUCUCAUGUUCUUGCAUUUCUGAACUCGAUCUUGCUCUUAAAUCAACUUAACCAAGUGGUAGUUAUUGCCACGGGGUAUAGCUCCUGUGGGUAUAUAUAUGAUUCAUCUUCAGCGACAAAUAUGAGCAAUGAAAAUGGGAGAAUGCCAGCCCUCUAUUCCAGUUUGUUGUGGAGUUUGGAAGAGUUUCUAAACAAAGAUGAGAAAUUGAGUAAGAGAGAGCCUGAGGGGAAGAUUGCAUCUUCGCUGCUGUCUGGGUCACUUUCCUUAGCUCUUUGUUAUGUACAGAGGGUUUUCCGUUCUGGACCGCUCAAUCCACAGGCCCGAGGAUCUCCUGAUGGGCCAGAGCAGUAUGUUCAUUAUGAUAAUUUUUGCCAGUUACAGUUCAUUUUUAGCUUUCGCUCUAAAAAGGUUUUUUUUGACAGAUAUGUGGCAAUAAUGAAUGCAAUAUUCGCUGCACAACGUUCUACGGUACUAUCAUGCAUUCAGCACUUUGGCUGGGGGUUCCCAUAGAUUCUUGCUGUGUAGGUGUUCAUAAUUCUGCCUUCCUGCAACAGGUAAUGUUUUCUUACUUAUAAUUUUACUUGCACAAUUUGGUACUUGUUAUUAUGAAUCCUAGGCCUAUCUUGCUGAUCAUUUUUUGUGUGUACAAGUCAGGCUUCUUACAUAUAUAACAGGUGGUGUCUAUGUAAAGCCCCAACACUGGGAUGGAUUGUUUCAAUAUUUAUUAGUACGCUCUUAAAGUAGUUUGGAUAUGGAGAUUAUGUAGUUUGGUAAGCAAUACAUGUGCACAAAGCUCCCUAGUGGGCGGGGUCAGGGAUAGACAAGAUGUAUGUAUAUCUUACCCCCACAUAUUAUGUGAAGAGGCUAUUUUCAAGAAAUGAACUUGUGACCUCUAGGUUUCACCCCUACAACUCGACCACAUGUUCGCAUGUUACUCACUGUUAAAACCCUCUCAUAAAUCCUUGUGUGUCAUUCACUGUUCUCUCUUUUCCUUUUUGGUCACGAUGUUGAUUCCAAUCUUAUCGUAUUGUUACAUACAGACUGUUUUUGCUACUGAUUUGCAUUCACGCUGCUUUUUACAACUUCCAAGACCUGUUGGUGAUGAUUUCAGGGCCUCGUAAGUAGUCCGAACCAUUCUCAUGUUCUUUCAGGGCGUGGCUGCAAGUUCUGUUUUGGAUGGGUGUUUCUGUCAUAAAAGCACAAUUGACAUGGGCUACAUAUGUUCUGUUUGCUUGUCCAUAUUCUGUAAGCAUCACAAGAAAUGCUCAACCUGUGGGUCAGUGUUUGCCCAGGCCCUGGCCCAGGCCCAAUCAGAUGUUGCCUCAGCAUCCGAUCGGAAGAGAAAGAACCCAGAAGCAUGACACUGUUAAUGGUGCAGCUUUGAUACACAUAUUUUAGUGCUUAUGAUUUUGAUUUCAUUGUGGGAUUUGCUAAUUAGAUUGUUGUUGUACGGGCUACAGCUUAUCUUAUGUUGAACCUUUUGACCACCGGAGAAGGGUUGGAAAGUUUACUGCGAACUUCAUUGGACUCCUAGGCUUACCAGAGGCUUUGUGAACCGACUUGGUGCCUAGUUGAUGCGAUUAUCAAUUCUUUGCGUCAUGCAUCUAAGAACACUACACGUUUUGGAAAUUUUGGGUAGAAAAUAUUUACUUCGGCAAUGACAUAUAUCCAUAAGAUUUUUUUGUACAUAACCAUCCAUAAUGAUAUAUGUUAUCAUGCUUAGUAAAUAUGACACAUAGAUUAUGGAUUCUUAUAAAUUA